AUGAGGCCACCAUCCCUUCUCCUCAAGCUACUGCGUAAACGCCUCCGCAUGCCUGAACCACUGGCCAUGGUUGAUGUUCCCCUGGCUACUGAGGCUAUUCAUGCAGCACUCUGUCCUGGCCUCUCCCCUGGUGUGUUUACUCAGCUGCUCACGCUAGGCAUGAGGCUUGGAGCACCACAAGAAGUCACUGUGAAUGCAUUGGCUCACCUGCCCGACUCGCUAACCUUUAGAGACCAGACUGAGCUCAUUCGACAGCUCAUGUUGGAGGGGAUGCAACCACAUGCUAAGAGAAUCCUUCCGAGUGCGGUCGAAUGUGUAUCCUACCUUGAUGCCCCAAAAGAUAUUCUCUGUAUACUCUCCGCAUUAACGAAGUGCAAUGAUGAUGAUGAUGCGGCAGUUGAUCAUUUCCUGUGGCUCCUGAUCGAGCGGGGAAUACUCGUGAGAUGGGAUGUCCCAGCGCUAUGCAAGAUGAUUGCUCUCUCUGGUCCAAGACAGCACAUUCGAAGCGUCGCUCAAAUGCUUAUAGUGGCUUACCUUGACAAUACUUCGCUUGAUGAGCAGGAUGGAACUCUAGAUCUCCUCGUCCUCCGCACUCUAGCGGAUAUCAAGGCCAUAGGAGGUGCCUACUCCCUGUACGUUCCCCAAGAUGGUGAAUUCAUGGUUCAAGUAUACUGCAUCGGAGCUGAUGAAGUUGGCCAGUGCAGCACAUGCCUUCGCGACAUUGGCUCCAUCCAAUCUGCUCGAAUGGAGGAUUCCUCAGCUCGCCGACCUCCUCUCCAAUAUCACAAUUUCAAGCCUAUCCAUCCGACCCACAUCUCGAAGCCUGGCGAUGCUGCUCUGGUCGAUCUCACGGCUCGCAGCUCUCACAGCAUCUAA